CGUUCGUAGUGUAGAGUAGAUCCUGAAACAUCUCGUGUUGAGACGACUAGUUGAGUGUGGAUCGCCACGAAAUACAGACUGGUCAACAAAAGGAUAAACGAAAAUGAAGUGGACACAGGUCAUUUUCACUCUGUGCUUGACAGUGGGCGGAGUAUACAAUGACACAACUGUCACAAUCCACCCUCAAUGGCUGGCACAGGGAGGAAGCGCUCGCUAUGACAGCAAUAGAUGGAACAAGCACAAUGGUCUAGAUAAGACAACUCUCAUCCCCAAAUGUCGGAGCAUUGGGACUGACGCUGGGCGCUGGAAUAACAGAGAUCUUAACGAUCGUCUCUUCCAAGACUGGCCAGAGGACCCAAACCGUAGUGGCUACCCUGAUCCCAACCAUCUGAAGAACGUCACCUUUCAGCAGAAAAUGUUCUCCAGUUACGUUGAGAACAUCAACAGUGGCUAUGAAAAUGACAUGAUAAUGAUGGCAGGAGGUCUUUAUUGGCCGAGUUGGAUAAACACGUCUGAACAUAUAGGUCAGUUUCCGAACGAUGUCGAUGCUGCUGCAGAGUUCAUGAUGUUGAUGGUGCAGGGAGUUUAUGACUACACAAAGGGACAAAUACCACACUACUUUGAGUCAAUAAAUGAACCGGAUGGUAAAGGGCGUAUAUUGAAUUUCACCACCGUUGCCAAGUUUCAUAAAUCAGUUGCUGAGAAACUCCAUUCCAGAUUUAACAUCAAAGUGUCUGGUCCAACACUCGAUGGAGAAACUGGAUUGUCGGACAGAUACAACUUUUCAUACUGGCAAAGAGUGGCAGAUUUCAUGGACGUCACUUUAGGAUAUAUAGAUGUCUUUUCGUUUCAUUCGUACAAUUCACUCGUUGUUUCUGGAAAAUCUCACAAUCUUACUGGUAUGAAUGAGGCACGCUUGGUUGCAUUCGUCGACCUUGUUGAAAGCUAUGCCUCUAAGAAAACCGGAAAGAUUAUCCCCCUUGUUAUCAGUGAAUAUGGCCGCGGACCUGUGACAGGAAUUGACAAAUAUGCCCCAUCAGGAAUAGUUGACUUUUCAACGAUAUACCAAGCAAAUGCCCACAGAUUUACUCAGCUGGGUCUUAGGGAAUACAUCGACAGGGCAGUGGUGUUUCUUUUAGCCAACGAAAAAUACCCAGGACAUGAUAGUCUCAAUUGGUCACUUUUCACACUUCAAGGAAACGCCACUCGCAUAGUCGACGUCUUCAAGUUUUGGUACAAAUUCAUGUCGGGAUACUCCUUUAUCAGAACUACCAGCCAGUAUGAUGGAGCGGAGCGAACCGUGUCUCCCUUAGCAAUGUCUAGCCCACUGGAUAACGAAACAGUCAUUCUCUUGCACAGCUAUUCUCAGAAGUCGCAGGCUGUCAAACUAGACUUUGAAAAUAACUGGAUCAAACCAACCUCGGGGGAAGCUACUUGUAUCACCAUCAAGGAUAACUGGUAUCCAGUCAUCACCUUCAAUGAGUCGUUCGACAUCCAGAAGACCCAAGGAAUUGUAAAUAUGCCUCCAGAAGCAACAUGUCACUUUACAUUCAAGACACCAUCAGACCAGCUACCUAGUGCCACACUGAACGAAACCACAUACUACGGAUCUGACACACUCAUACCAAUCAACGGCAAUGUAGUCUCGACAGUAAUAUCUCUACCAAAUGGACAAUAUCAGAGUGCCAGGCUGAGAGUUUCAACCAGUUGGCUAAUCAGUGAAACUAACAGUGUAUCAUACCUUUCCUUUAACCGCCAUCGCCUUGAUGCUUUCCACAAGCUGUAUGACUCCGACAAGUUUGCCCGUACCACUUACUGGGAGGUUUGGGAGUUCGUAGUUCCUCCCUACAUGUUUGUAACGGGGACUAACCAGGUACAGAUCCACUUCUCAAGCAGCAUGACUACGGGAUAUGUUUCUUCAGUUGCUCUUGUCACAGGCAAGCUUAUCCAAUCAGAUUGAAGACUUAAUAAUGAUACUUAUUCUGAGAGAUGUCUCAAAUGUGAAAUUAUUCAGUACAUUUCAUCUAUGAGUGUCAUGCUUUUGUUUUAUUCUUAGGUACAUGUAUUUGGACAGAAGACAGCAUUCAAUACAUCUAAUCAAUAAGUGUCA